AUGACGUCGUCAAUUCUUGAACCCCAGACUGGAUAUAAUUCACCAGCUAUAUCACUCAGUCGAAUUCCAACAUUAGACCGAGAACAAGAGCAAGACAUCGAGCCAGUCCCAACAACCUCGGAUGAACAAAUUUCAGAUUCCAAAGCAACAAUAAUAGUCAUCGCCUCAUUUAUAAUCGUCUUCACCUGCUGCGGCAUAAACUUCUCUUUCGGCAUCUACCAAGCCCUCUACGAACGCCUUUCCCAUGAACCCGACACCCCCUUCACCGACGCCUCCCCAGCUGUAAUCGAUCUGAUCGGUACCAUAGCAGUAGGUAUUAUGACCAUCGGCGGACCUCUUGCCGUCGGGUGGUCUAAAUCCUUUUCUCCACGCAAAGUAUGUCUAAUGGGUGCCGCGAUAUUCACGUUAGCACAUAUAUUGGCGAGUUUUGGGACAAAGAUAUGGCAUUUCGCGCUUACCCAGGGCGUACUGUUAGGUUUGGGGACGUGUUUGGCGUAUAUGACUUCUGUGACUGUUGCGCCGACGUGGUUUGGGAAGAGGAGGGGGUUGGCGAUGGGGAUUAUAUUGUCGGGGACGGGCGUGGGGGGGUUGGUAUGGGCGCCUGCGCUGAAGGCGUGUAUUGAUGCGAUGGGGUAUCGCAAUACGUUGAGACUAACGGGAGCUGUCUCAUUUGUGUUGAAUACUGGUGCCGGGGCGGCCAUGACGUGGGAACCGAGUCGCAAAGCUCAGAAUGAGAUUGAGCGAAGGGCGCAAAUGACGCAAAAACAAAGAAAUAUCUUCGCGGUUCCGCUUGUUGAUUUGAGGCUUAUGAGGACGAGGAAGUUUGUCGCGCAGGCUUUGGGAGCUAUGUUUCAGGGUGCUGCGUAUUACAUUCCUGUCUUCUUCUUUGCGACGUAUGCGUCUACAUUGGGGUACAGCGACACUGCUGGUGCAAACUUUAUCGCUCUCAGCAAUGCGUGUAAUGCGAUUGGCAAGAUCGUCAUUGGCUAUGCAGCCGAUCGAUACGGGCGGCUGAACGUUCUGCUUCUCACGACAAUCAUCAGUGCCAUUUCAGCGCUGGUGUUCUGGGUCCCCUCUACACUUCUACCAUUUGCAUCGCACCAGGAAGCUUCUCGCGGUCUGUUUAUCGCUUUCACCAUCUUCUAUGGCGUGUUCGCCAGUGCGUACGUCGCUCUCUUUCCGACUAGUCUGGUUGAACUGUUUGGGCCGCAGAACUUUGCAUCUGUGAAUGGGUUUUUGUAUAUGCUCCGAGGAAUCGCGACAAUGAUCGGAACGCCGGUUAGUGGGCUGCUGAUUCGUGGGUCUGCGACGGCAGCAGGGGCGCUAACACCGAGGAUGUAUGAGGGCAUGUCGCUGCUGGUUACUAUUUUGUUGUUCGCGACUGCGUUCUCGGUGGUGUGGGUUAGGCUUGAGGCAAUGGUUGGGCCGGAUGGGAGGGCGAAUUGGAAAUGGAGGCUGUAA